GUUGAAAUGAAACGACGGAAGCUCGAAGCGCCACGCGUCGCGUCUCUAGGAGCGAACGGUGUGAUUCACCACACGGCUGUUCUUCCUUGAGAAAUGCUUUUCAGGAUUACGGAUCGCUUCCAGCGAGCCAUCACGAGCGUUCCCUGAUCGGACCAAACAAUGACAACGGGCCCUGACUGCAUAGUACCCUUGCGCCUUCAUGAGAACUGCACCGACUCUCCGACCCGUCAAUGAGAAUCUUCCUACCAGACUUUCACCCAAGGUGCGUCGGUGGGCAGCCUCUCACAGAACGCGUUCUCUCCCUCACUGUGAUGGUUGUGACAGAAGGCACCUCGGGGCAACCUGUCUUCUCUCUCAGAAGCCAAGCAAGCGGAAUUCUGCCGCUACGGAGGUCAUUCUCUCUGACGGAUCUCUCUUGGCGACCUCCUUUCGGCAUUCGUAGUUUAAGCGUCGGCAUGGGUCUUGAACGUUGAAGUGCUAGUCUUGGGAAAUCCGGUCAUUUCAGUUUACGACGCGAAUCAACUCCAGCCAUGAUCGCAAACAUCCUCAUCCCCGCUGUGGCUACUCUGCUCGCAUCCGUUGUCUGCUACGCUCUCAAGGUUUGGUACACCAACUGGACCUCGCCCCUCCGUUUCAUAGACGGUCCGCCAUGCGCCAAUUUCUUCAUGGGGCACUUCGCAUUAGUCUUUGAUGUCCCGGGUAUCACGGACCAGUGGCGAGAGCAAUACGGCCCAACGUUCAUGGCCAAAGGCAUCCUCGGCGAGGACGAUCUCUACAUCAUGGAUCUGAAAGCUGUAUCUCACAUCUUUUCCCACGGCGCCAUCUACCAGAAGUCGCAGUCUGCGCUUGCUAACCUGCGCGUGCUCCUGGGAGACGGAAUUCUUGCGGUCGAACAGAAUCCCCACAAACGUCAGCGCAAGAUUCUGAGCCCCGCUUUUGGUCUUCAGCAGCUCCGUUUGAUGAAUGAGAUCUUUGUGGAGAAAGGGAAUUUGUUGUGCGACGUGCUAGCGAAAGAGGUUGCUGCUGCCGACGGGGUCUUGACUGCUAAUGUGUCGGACUGGUUCCGUCAGAUUACGCUGGACAUUAUCGGAGAGGCUGGAUUCGGAUAUCAGUUCAACUCCCUGAAGUCGGGCGGCAAAGACGAAGCUGAGUUGAGCGCAGUCUUCUCUCGGUUGCUCAACGACCCCGACGUCAACUUCAAUGCCGCCUUCAAGGCCGUACAGGCUGCGAUCCCGGUGCUGCGGGCCCUUCCACUCCCUGGAUGGACAGUCACUCGUUAUGCAAAGAAGAAGUUAUACGCCAUAGGAAAGGAAAUCAUGGAAAAAUCGAAGGCGGAAUCUGCUGCACUCGGGUCUAAGGAGCUGGGAUCGGGCCGCGACUUAUUGUCGAUUCUUAUGAAGGCAAACAUGUCCAGCGAUGUGCCCGCAAGCCAGCGCAUGAGUGACGCCGAGGUCAUUGCCCAAAUCCCUACGUUCUUCCUUGCUGGGCACGAGACUAGCAGCCUUGCGCUUGCCUGGGCGGUGCACGCCUUGUCAAACGAUCAGACUGUUCAGGAAAAGCUGCGUCAAGAGCUGCUCUCCCUUGCGACCGACACCCCGACCAUGGAAGAGCUCGAUGCAUUCCCGUUCCUCGAGAAUGUGCUCAGAGAGACUAUGCGGUUAUAUUCCCCGGCCGUCAGCACUCAGCGUGCGGCGAUUGCGGACGAUGUGUUGCCGCUUAGCAAGCCGUACAUCGACCGUCAAGGCGUCCGACAUGACAGUCUUCCGAUCCGCAAGGGCCAGCUUUGCACUAUCCCGAUCUUGGCCAUCAACACUAGCAAGGAGCUCUGGGGAGAGGACGCGCUUGAGUUCAGACCCGAUCGCUGGAACAAUCUACCGCAAGCUGUCCACGCCAUUCCAGGAGUCUGGGCCCACCAGCUGACCUUCCUUGCCGGCCCGCACAGCUGCAUGGGCUUCAAGUUCACCAUUGUCGAGCAAAAGGCAGUUCUCUUUGGCCUGUUGCGCCACUUCGUCUUCUUCCCCGCUUCCGACGAGGUCAAGCCCGCGAUCAGCACAACGUUCCAGCGUCCCAUCUCGUAUGUUUCGGCUAGUGGAAAGGCGGAUCUGGUCUCCACCGGCGGUCUGCGCAUCACGAUCAAGCCAUACAAGGGUGGAGUUGGUGCUUAAAUAGUCGAUUGGCAUACUGUGUGCAUUGCGUUUGUCUCGAAGGUUGUCCUCGGAGUAGCUCUCGAUUCAAUGCGAAAUAUCGCGUUUCCGCGUGCUUUCCGAAAUGCCUCCGUUUGAGCUCAGAGACCCUCAAAUUCUGAAGAUUGUCACUGAUAUCGAAUGACGCUGGAGUGGUCACUCGUGGUGUGGUGUGAUCAGGAUGA